AUGGCGUCGUCCGGUGGCAAUUUGCCCAAGUUCCCGUCGCUAAUGCUGCCCUACUGCCGCCGCAACGAGACCGAUGAUGAUUCCAGCGUCGUCGGAAUAAAAGAAUGCAAGGGGGAAUUCUGCCGCUGCUUCCACGACGUCGUCACCAACGAAUUCCACCACGUCGACUUCCCCGAAGCAUUCGGCAAAACCUGCCGUGGUGGCGGCUUCGGUUGGCUGGCCUUCACCCAGGAAACCCCUUCAGACCGGGCCGGGUUCGAAUACGUGCGCCAGGACGUAUCUUUCUCCGACGGCAAAGUGUACCGGGUGGGAGAAAGCGGGUCGUGGAUGGCGCACUUUUACGUCAACAAAAUAGUCAUGUCCACCGACCCGGCCCACACGGACUGCGUCGUGAUGGGCCUGCUCGAAAGCUGCGUGGGAGGCCUCGCGCUCUGCCGGCCGGGGCUCGACGCCGAGUGGACCGCCGUCGUGGGCUCCACCAACUGCUACACAGACGCCGUGUUCUGGAGGGAUCAAUUCUACGCCGUGGACUGCCUCGGGAACGUCGACGUGAUCGCUUACAACCCUGGUGGUACGUAUUGGUGGAGUUCUUAG